CGGAGAAGCAGGGCUGUGCUAACCUCCCUCUCAAGCCACAAGCAGCGCGAGCUCUGCAGGAAAAAGCCGUUCCUGCUGCCCAGCAUCCAGGACGGGGCACGGCUCGCCAUCGCAGAGUGCCAGAGCCAGUUCACACACGAGCGGUGGAACGCUCCAACCAGCGACGAGCCGUCCGUGUUCGGAUACGAGCUCACCAGCGGAACUAAAGAAACAGCGUUCAUCCAUGCGGUGAUGGCGGCGGGGCUGGUCCACGCCGUCACGCGCUCCUGCAGUCAGGGCAACAUGACGGAGUGCGGCUGCGACGCUCGGCUGCAGGGCGGCGGCUCGCCGGAGGAGGGCUGGCACUGGGGCGGCUGCUCGGACCACAUCCAGUACGGGAUCUGGUUCAGCCGCAAGUUCAUCGACAACGCCGUCAAGAACACGUCGACACCCAGCGGAGGAUACACGCUGAGCACCUCGAACCAGCACAACAGCGAGGCCGGACGGCAGGCAAUUGUCCGGACGAUGUCGACACACUGUCGUUGUCACGGCGUCUCCGGCUCCUGUGCGGUAAAGACAUGUUGGAAGACAGUGGCGCCAUUUGAGCAUGUUGGCGUGUACCUGAAGGAGGAGUACGAGCGCAGCGUGCAGGUGUCGGACCGCUCGAAGAAGAAGACGAGGAGGAAGGAUCAGCGCCACCUCUCCGUCGACACGCAGCAGCUCAUCUUCUUCAAUAAGUCUCUAAACUACUGCCUGGAGGACCGGCGGCGGGGCGUCGCCGGUACCAGAGGACGUCGCUGCAACCGGACGUCCACCGGCUCCGACAGCUGCAUCCUGCUGUGCUGCGGCCGAGGCUACAACACUCACCUGGUGAGACACGUCCAGCGCUGCGAGUGCAAGUUCGUCUGGUGCUGCUACGUCCGCUGCAGGCGCUGCGAGAGCAUGAACGACAUGCACACUUGUAAAUAAAUAAACACGGGACACACCUGGACAUAAAGACAAGAACACCUGGACAUAAAGACAGGGACACCUGGACAUAAAUAAAGACAAGAACACUAAAAAAAAUGACUUGAGUAUCAAUAAAUAAAUAAAUACAUAAAUAAAUAAAUAGAGGAAUAAGUACGGAAUUAAAUAAAUAAAAACAACUACAGGAA